AUGGAUCAAUUACAGGAUACUGCAAAGCGAUUGCUCGUACGCUCCCAGGAGGCUAUUCUACAGCUUGAUUUAUGCAUACAGAGACAGCAGCGUUUAUAUGAGUGUGGAUUUUGUGAGCAAGUUUCUCCUCAGUCUGGCAGCUCGCAGACCCCACUACAAGAAUAUCACGCAUACCUUGCGCAACUCAAUUCGCUUUAUAUUAGGACUCAACAUUUACGUGAUAAGAUACAAAAGGAUGAAUGCCCUCACCACGCAAUUGGUCAAGAUUCAAUUCACCAACUUCUAUCUGAAUAUCAAACAAUCAUCAAUAAGCUGAACGAGUUCACGAUCCAAAAACUCAACAACGAAUCAUCACCAGUUUCUGACUCAUCAAGGAGUACUGUAUCAUUCAAACCACGCCCAUUAAAAAUUCUCACGCGAAACAAUGUUGACCAUAGUUCACCCUCAAAAAAGCCCAAAAAAACUACAGUUACACAUUCUCUGGAGGAUAACCAUGUAACUUUCUCCACCAAAGAUAUCCAUUCCCAUAAUAGAAGCAGUUCACUACCCGGAUCUCCCAAAAUAAGUUUACAACUUGAUAAUCUUGGACAUGCUCCAAUUCGACCCCUGAGGGGAGCUAAGUCUUGCAACAUUGGUCUUAACAAAAGUAAGCCGUUGGAAGACAACCGUUUGAGCUUUUUCAAGGAUCGCCAACGAUUCUCAUUGUCUUUUUUUGAUGACGAAUACUCUUCAGAUGAAGAGACUGUAAUUUCUGUGAGUCCUCCCCUGCAUUUCGACAGAGGUUUAGAGAGUCUCUCGAAGGUAGAGCCUCUUCGAAGAUACAAGUCUCACGAAAGCAUGCUAUCUUUGAGUAAGGAGGCAGGAACGUUGGCUACUUCAAGGCCGACACCAUUUACGCAAUUCCUCUGCAGAGCUUCAUGCCAGCCAUCGACCGGAAUAACAUCAAUUGCCCCGCAUCAAAUACACUCAUUCCAGAUACCGUCCUCUGACGAUAAAAAACGAAACUCCUCAAAAGAUCUUCUGUCUAAAAUCGUGGAAAAUACGUCCAAGAAACAGACCAACACUUGGCUUGGAGGUCUUGAAAAUCGUAGAAAUCCCAUAAUGAAUGCAUGGAAACGUUUUAAUCAUCAGACUUUAAUUACUUCGGAAGUUGGCAUAAAAGAAACCAAGAGGGAUUGUCCUGGUGUAAAAAGAAUUAUACCGCGGGGUAAGCGCCCCGAAAUACGAUCGCAGAAUACCAAUUCUUGCUCGACUUUGGUAAUUGGGCCUAACGGGUCAAAAUUUGUGACACAAAUGAAAGAGCCUGAGCUUAGUUACAAAAUUUCUCAGGAUGCUCUUAAUGAGGCGCUUAAUACAGAUUUUAAAUUUGAUUUUACAUAG